GUCGGAUAAACUGCCCCGAUUAGGUUCUUCCGAGCACAUCCGGGCCACAAUCAAAAAUCCCACCAAAAAGCACCACCUCCAGGAACAAAGCCAGACCCGCACAUCACCAACCCUCACAUACCUCCCGCCAAGAUGGUCGCCUUCGACAAGUGUGAAACCCGGCCGGCUCAUAUCGAUGCCAUUCUCAAUGGCCUCGAUCGGUACAACCCCGAGACCACCACCGUCUUCCAGGACUACAUCGCCCAGCAGUGCGAGGACCGGUCAUUCGAUCUCUAUGCCAACCUGGCUCUGCUGAAGCUUUACCAGUUCAACCCCCACCUCCUGCAAGCCGACACAGUCACCAACGUCCUGGUCAAGGCCCUGACCGUGUUCCCUUCCCCCGCCUUCUCGCUCUGCCUCGCUCUGCUCCCCGCCCACACUCAGCCCUUCGCUACCACCUCCGAGGCCCAGGCUGCCUCCCAGACCUCCGACUUUGUCGAGUCCGUUCAGAAGCUCGCCCGCCUUGCUACCCUCCUCGAGUCCGCUCAGUACACCCAGUUCUGGGCCACCCUCAACUCGGAUGACCUUUACGCUGAUCUGACCGCCGAUAUCGCCGGCUUCGAGGAGCUCAUCCGCAUUCGCAUCGCCGUUGAGGUUGGCAAGGCUUUCCGCUCCAUCACUGCCGACUCCCUCGAGCAGUGGCUUGACCUGCGCAGCCGCGAUGCCCUGGCUAAGUUCGUUGCCGACGUCUGCAGCUGGAAGGUCGAGGGCGAUGUCGUUCGCGUGCCCACCAACAAGGAGAACGAGGCCCGCAGCGAGGUGAAGAGCGAGCGUGUCGGUGUCGACAUGUUCGGCCGCGUUAUCCGCCGUGGCUUCGAGCAGCCCGCAUGAACGAUCACAACGAUCACAGUCGUGCCCUAAAUAUUCCUCCUUUUCAUUCUCCGAUUUCCUCACCCACCCCAAACUUCUUCAUUCUCCGUCUCGUUUCUCUCCAUGUGGGAGGGAAGUAAGUGCUUUUUUUCUUUUCUUCAAAAAAAGAGACAUGAGUUCAUGAAUCCCCGAUCCGUGACGACGGUGAUAGAUUUUUUUCGCAUGGAGGAGACCCCGCGGAGAAGAGUCGGGAUCUGGCGCAAUCCGGCGUUUAUUUUCUCGAUUGAUUGCCCUCCAAUGAUGUUUUUUUUU